AUGUAUACUGACGGCCGUGAAUCACAGGACGAUGGCUCCAACUGCAGUGUUUUUACUUUCGAUGUCGCCGCAAACAAGUCUCGUCUCCCGCUGGCCAAGAAUGCGAUGCGCAAGUUCCGAACCCUGAGACAUCCCGGAGUGCUGAAAGUGUUGGAUACGAUUGAGACAGAUUCGCACAUCUACAUCGUAACGGAGAGAGUCGCGCCUUUGUCCUGGUCCGUGAAGCGGAGGAGUCUGAGUGAGGAGACGGCAAAAUGGGGUCUGUGUACUGUGGCAUCUACGCUCAAGUUCAUCAACGAAGACGCCUCUUCCGUGCACGGCGCCGUUCGAGUCUCGUCCAUAUUCACUAGUGAGAGUGGGGAAUGGAAGCUGGGAGGGUUUGAUAUCCUCAGUUCUAUGAAUGAUGAUGAUGCAGUCAUAUACACAUAUGGCAGCUUAGUACCCGACUCCGCUAGAUACAGUCCUCCGGAGAUCAGCAAAGGCGGGUGGGAAACGAUCAAACGCAACCCUCUGACGGCCGUCGACUCCUACGGUCUGGGAAUUUUGAUAUUUGAAGUCUUCAACGGCAGUUUCUCAGGUGGAGACCAGGUGGGAAAGACGACAAAUAUACCACCAAGCAUGCAUCAGAGCUACAGACGGCUGUGCAAUGCCAACCCCAAGUUGCGGCUGAGUCCGGCGAAUUUUGUGGAGCAGGGAAAGAAGAUCGGCGGCUUUUUCGAGACGCCACUCAUCCGGUUGACGGAUGAUAUCGAGAGCCUGGGACUGAAGAACGAUGCCGAACGAGAGGAAUUCAUCAAUGAAUUGGAAAGCCUUUCGGAUGACUUUCCAGAAGAGUUCUUCAAGUUGAAGGUGCUCCCAGAACUGCUCAAAUCUGUAGAAUUUGGAGGUGGAGGACCGAAGGUCUUGGGUGCCAUUUUGAAGAUUGGAACCAAACUCACAGAUGACGAAUAUGCGUCGAGACUGACACCGGUCAUUGUUCGUUUGUUUGCCAAUCCGGACCGUGCUUUGCGGGUCAGCUUGCUGGACAAUCUGCCCUUGAUGAUCGAUCGCCUGCCUCAGAAACUCGUCAAUGAUAAGAUUUUCCCGCAAAUGACGUCCGGUUUUACCGAUGCCGCCCCCGUCGUUCGGGAGCAGACCGUCAAGGCCGUCUUGACGGUCAUUGGCAAACUGUCCGACAGGACUAUCAACGGCGAACUGCUGCGAUACUUGGCCCGAACCGCAAACGACGAGCAGCCCGGCAUCCGUACCAAUACAACAAUCUGCUUGGGCAAGAUUGCCAAAAACCUGGGGCAAAGCUCGAGAUCGAAAGUGCUUAUUGCUGCCUUUACCCGCGCGAUUCGGGAUCCAUUUGUUCACGCCCGAAAUGCUGCUCUUCUUGCUUUCGCAGCAACGAUGGAAUUCUUCAGCGAAGAAGACUGCGCAAGCAAAAUCAUGCCCGCGAUAUGCCCGGCUCUCCUAGAUAAGGAAAAGCUUGUACGUGACCAGGCAAACAAGACCCUUGAUUUAUACCUUCAGCGCGUUCGCAAGUAUGGCAGCACCAUGCCCGAUACUGCGCUGCCGCCACCCAAUGCUGCGGACGCCUCCAACAACAACAAUGCCGCGCGCAUAGGGACAUCGAACGAUACGUCGUGGGCCGGAUGGGCUAUUUCUUCAUUCACGAACAAGCUUACAGCGGCCAAGGGCGAGAUAGGACCCAGCGCUAACGGCAGCACCCCAGCCGUGACUGAGCCAGCACGGCCGGCUUCUGCGCCUCGGCCGGCCAAACCAUCCACGCCAGAACCGAAUUCUAAAGGUGGUUUGCAUGCUGCCGCCCCUCCUCUGGCACGAUCGACUUCUGAACAGCCAGUUCGGGGAACCACGGAGGACAAUCAUGCAGAAGAGGACCACGACGACUCUUGGGGGGCAGAUGCCUGGGGGGCGAUGGACGAGGAGGACCAGGCGGGACAGAAAGACGAAGACGCCUUCUUUGAUGCAACGACGAGUCCGAAGGCAACACCCAGUCCCGGGAGGACUCCUGCUCCUUCGGCCGUUCCCUACGACGAUGGUGGUGAACCUGACUUUGCAGGCUGGCUGGCCGCACAGUCCAAAGCGAAAGCCAAGAAACCCCUUCCCAAGGGCUUGACCAAGUCCGCAUCGACCAAGGAAGUUCCCACGCGACCUGCGGGCGUCUCACGGACCGCGACGACAGGGACAGCGAAAUCGGCGAAGCCUACAGUGUCGAAGACCAUCGACACGAAGCCCAAAGAUGAGGGUGACGACGAUGGCUGGGGAGAUGCAUGGUGA